UGUUCUCCUUGGCCGUUACAGCUGCCCACAGACGGGGGAAACGUGUCUUAUACCACCAUGUCUCUCCGAUUUUCUGGCAGACCCAGCCAUAUUUGCUUCCGGCCUGGAUCUGGAUCUGCCAGGCUACCCAGUGGAGGCACACGCAGCACCAUGUGUGGCAGCUUUGUCGCCGGAACUGGAUUCUCCUGUGCCUUGGGAGGGGGCAUGGACAGUGUUCCCAGAGGGGCCUAUGCCGGGGGUGCCCUGAGAAGUGCUGCUUGUGUUGGCUUUGCUGGAAGUGAAGGAGGGCUCCUCUCUGGAAAUGAGAAGGUGACCAUGCAACAUCUUAACGACCGCCUGGCAUCCUACCUGGAUAGCGUGCGAGCUCUGGAGGAGGACAACACUGAAUUAGAGAGAAAAAUCAAGGGCUGGUAUGAAAAAUACGGACCUGGAUCUUGCCGUGGACUAGAUCAUGACUACAGCAGGUAUCAUGUAACCAUCGAGGAGCUUAAGAAUAAGGUUAUCUCUGCCACUACUGCUAAUGCUAAUGUCAUUCUGCAGAUAGAUAAUGCCAGACUGGCUGCUGAUGACUUCCAGCUAAAGUAUGAAAAUGAGCUCGCCCUUCACCAAAAUGUAGAAGCAGACAUCAACGGAUUACGGCGGGUCCUGGACGAGCUGACGCUCUGCAGGACUGACCAGGAGCUGCAAUAUGAGUCCCUGAGUGAGGAGAUGACCUAUCUCAAGAGGAACCACGAAGAGGAAAUGAAGGCCCUGCAGUGCGCAGCUGGAGGCAACGUCAACGUGGAGAUGAACGCGGCCCCCGGGGUGGACCUCACGGUGCUGUUGAACAACAUGCGAGCUGAGUACGAGGCCCUGGCCGAGAAAAACCGCAGGGACGCGGAGGCCUGGUUCAAUGAGAAGAGCGCCUCGCUGCAGCUGCAGAUCUCGCACGACGCCGGCGCCACCACCUCCGCCAGGAACGAGCUGACGGAGCUGAAGCGCACCCUGCAGACCCUGGAGAUCGAGCUGCAGUCCCGGCUGGCAACGAAACACUCCCUGGAGUGCUCCCUGACGGAGACCGAGGGCAACUACUGUGCCCAGCUGGCGCAGAUCCAGACUCAGAUUGGGGCUCUGGAGGAGCAGCUGCACCAGGUCAGGACCGAGACCGAGGGCCAGAAGCUCGAGUACGAGCAGCUCCUGGACAUCAAGUCCCACCUGGAAAAGGAAAUUGAGACCUACUGCCGCCUGAUGGAUGACAACGGAAAUUCAUGCUCUAAAUCAAAAAACUUUGGAUCAGGAAGCUCAGGAAAUUCAUCUAAAGAUUUAUCCAAAACCACACUGGUAAAGACUGUUGUUGAAGAGUUAGAUCAACGUGGCAAAGUUAUUUCAUCAAGGGUUCACUCCAUUGAAGAAAAAACAUCUAAAAUGACCAAUGGCAAGACAGAGCAAAGGGUUCCUUUCUAGCUGUCAUUUUAGGGAAAAGAAUAAUUUAGGAAGGAAUCUUGCACAACUGCAUUCUUCUAAACAUCAAGGAAAAUAAAAGCACUUUCUAGUUUGAACGAUAAGUAACUUAGCAAAAAUACGUUUUCCUGGUUAACUUUUACUGGGUGUUUGUUUUCAAAUAAAUUGUAGAAAAUUGAUGUGCAUUCAUUUCUAU